AGGCCGCUCCGUUCUCCCCCUCCGGCAAGUCGAAUCGCGUGACCCCCAACUCCGUCGACGGCUCGAUCGAUCUCGGCAAACCGCCCCCCUCCCCGUCUCCGGCGACGCGGCAGCGGAUCGCGCCGGCAGCGAAGGCGCGGGGAAGAGAUGGACGCGGAGCUCCUGGAGCUGCAGCGGCAGCUGGAGGCGGCGCAGAGCGCGCGGUCGAGCGUGCGGCUGUCGGAGCGCAACGUGGUGGAGCUCGUGCAGAAGCUGCAGGAGCGCGGCCUCAUCGACUUCGAGCUCCUCCACACCGUCUCCGGCAAGGAGUACAUCACAUCCGACCAUUUGAAGCAUGAGAUUAAGGUGGAGAUCAAGAAGCGAGGGCGCGCAUCACUAGUCGAUUUAUCAGAUACCCUGGGGGUGGAUCUUUACCAUAUUGAGAGGCAGGCACAAAAGGUCGUCACGGAGGAUCCGGCCCUGAUGUUGAUCAACGGGGAGAUCAUGUCACAGUCUUACUGGGACACUGUGACGGAAGAGAUAAAUGAGAAGUUGCAAGAGCGCAGCCAGAUUGCCUUGGCUGAGAUUGCUGCACAGUUACACAUUGGCUCAGAGCUAGUCCUCAAUAUUCUCGAGCCUCGGCUUGGAACUAUUGUGCAAGGAAGGCUAGAAGGUGGCCAGCUAUACACUCCAGCAUACGUCUCACGAAUUACUGCCAUGGUCCGUGGUGCGACAAGAGGUUUAACAGUUCCGACAAACUUGCCAUCUGUCUGGAACUCCUUGCAGCAACAGCUCCAAGAAAUGCACGGUGCUAAUGGAGUUUCAGUGGAAGGUUCAUUCUUCCAGUCCAUUUUUGUUGCCUUGCUAAAAGAAGGUGCUGUACUUGGGUCUGUCCGUGCCGGAGUACAUUGGACACCAGCUGUAUUUGCUCAUGCUCAAAAGGAAAGCGUUGAUGCAUUUUUUUCACAGAACUCUUAUAUUGGGUACGAAGUGCUUCAGAAACUCGCAAUUCCCCAGCCUAAACAGUACUUAGAGGCCAGAUAUCCAGAUGGCAUUGCACUGGAGGCUGUUUUUGUACAUCCUUCUGUUGUCGAUAUGCUAGAUGCUGCUGUGGGUGACGCAAUUGAGAACGGACAAUGGAUUGAUUCUCUUUCGAUCCUUCCAUCAUAUAUCAGUGGCCCUGAUGCAACCAAGAUAUUGUCUCUUUGUCCAUCUUUUCAGAAGGCAGCCAAGUCUUCAAAAGCAGUGCUUUUUGGAGAAUCAUGUGUCUUCAGCAAUGUGUUCAUUAAGGGUAUUUUUGAUCAACUUGAGAAAGAGAUUGGCUCCUUUGGUAUCAAACAUAGUGCUGGUGGUCAAGGAACUCCCGUGAAUAUGAAUUCAAGUAGUGAGCAUAGGGCAGGAUCUGUCCAGCACUCGGACACAAAAGACUUUGGUGAUAAUGACGCCAGCGGUACAGGUGCUUCAUCGGACAGAGGACCAAAGAAGAAACGAGGAAAAGCGACGGGGUCUGCCAAAGGCGGAGCAGUUGAGAAGGAUGAUGAUGAAGAAAUCAUCCCUGUAAAGGGCAAGAAAGCUCAUAGGAAAAACAAGGACGCUGGUUCUUCAGGUGAUGCAAAGCGCGGUGGUAAAAAGGCACCAGAGAAACCAAAAGAGGAGAACACAAAUAUCUUCCCCGAUGAGUUGAUAGAGCAAAAGGUUUUGGCUGUUGCUCCGGAGUUAGAAGAGUUGGGAGGCUCAGACGACUUAAAUGGCCCUAUUAAAUUAUUGUCCUCUCACCUGAGGCCAAUGCUUAUUGAUGCAUGGAAGAAGAAAAGGAACACCAUGCUGUCAGAAAAUGCUGAAAGGAGGCGAAGUGUACUUGAUAAUCUGCAAAAGCAGCUAGAUGAGGCUGUCCUCGAUAUGCAACUCUAUGAAAAAGCUCUAGAUGUGUUUGAGGAUGAUCCUGCUACCUCUGGCAUAUUACACAAGCAUCUGCUAAGAACUAUGGGUACUCCAAUAGUCGACAAGAUUUUAUCUAGUCUGGAUAGGGACAACAAAUUGAAGAAUGGAAUGGAGUAUGAAGACAGUGAAGAACAGCAUGCUCAGCUGAGCACUACUGACCGCACUUUUCUGGCAAAGGAUCUUCCAGGGCAAUUGUCAUCGAAGGCUCAAGCUUUAGUUGAAGCACUGGAGGGAAAGCGGUUUGACUCAUUUAUGGACGCCUUAAGAGAUACAGCAGAGGAAAGUGGCUUGUUAUUUAAGAAGCUUGAUAAAAGACUUGAGCGAUCAAUGCUGCAUUCCUACCGCAAGGAUUUGAUAGCACAAGUUUCUUCAGAGACUGAUCCAGUUUCCUUCCUCCCAAAAGUCGUUGCUCUACUUUUUCUCCAGGCACACAACAAGGGUCUUCAGGCACCUGGAAGGGCUGUUGGUGCUGUCAUCACACUACUGAAGGACAAGCUACCAGCUUCAACCUUCAAGGUUUUAACUGAAUAUCACGCCACUACCGUGAAAGUUCUUGCACUACAAGCUGCUGCCACGGGUGAUGAUGAUGAUUGUGCAUCGGACCGGAUGCUGGAGAAGAAGGAAGACCUAGAAGAGAGGCUGAUGCCAGAACUGAAAUCCCUGGCCCUCGGCACGACCAAAGAGUGAGCAGCAAACAUUGUGUGCAUGGUGGUGCGCCAUGCCCUCGUGUAAAUACACAGACCUCUCUAUAUAUCGUCGGCACUGGAGCUAGGGAUGCAAGCAGCCACCCUGCGAUACUCGGUCAACUCAGCGCACUCAUCAACUGAAUCUAGUUUAGCAUGUCGGUUGCAUGUUUGCGCCGUGAGCUCAUUUGUUGCCCUCUGGCGUCGCAAUUUCUGAAUGAAAAGGAAUCCUUCUGUGUAAUACACCGUGUACAUUCUAGGGGGUCGUGUGACAGCAGAAUCAACUUCUUAAUUUUUGACGAGCAACCAAAUACCGACUGACAUCAUGUAUUGAGGUAUAAACACCUUGAAACUCUGGUAGUCCUUUCCGAACAUUGACUGCAAGCAAAUAUUUGUCGAGAACCUUUUA